AUGAUAACUGGUCAAUUCGUUGGGAAUAUAUACCGCAAUGCAAAGAAGAACAAUGGAACGCUACCCACCGAGCCCAAAGCCUAUUUUGACAAAAUCGUGCAAUUGGUCACUCAAUCCCAGCAAGUAGAACGUUGGUUUUCCUCGGGUUGGACGCUCCAAGAAGGUGUUCUACUCCCCGAAACGAUCUUCAUCGAUGGCGCGAGCAAUGCUCUUCAACACGAAACGUUUAUGCACAAUGGAGGACACGCUUCGGUAAUCGACUUGACGGUCAGAAUUACUAGACUCGCUGUCGAGGUAGCCCAACCCUUCUUGCUCUUCACAUGGCAAAUGAAUUUCGACAAAUCCUCCAUGCUCUGGUCACUUCUGGCCCCGUCGCGUACGGUAAGGCUUCCACUGUAUAUACUCAAUGGCAAACAGAGCCGCAAAUUCGGCAUGGAGCAGGAUUCUUGCUGGGCAUUGAUCGGAGCAAGGGAGCUUGAGGGCGUUACUGUCAACUACACACUCUCUAUGGAUGAAAUCAAGAUGAUAUUUCUCACAGCGUUGAUAAAGAAAUAUCAAUGGUCAAUGCUUUUGUUGCCUCAGCCUUUGUUUUCUGUGAAUGGAGGGCAGUUGGCGAACGAUUUUAAAUGGACCAAUAUUGUGGAUGGCCUCUUGAUUCCAGUUGGAGUGUUUGUAGAUUCGCAAAUAGGCUUAGGAUCACCAAGUAUGCUACCACGCAUGUCACUUGACAACGCGACGACGAUAACUGUUCAGCCACCUCAGACAAGCCAGACUUUCACGUCGUGGAAGAAUUCGGAUAUAAAAUGGUAUCUACAUUACGUUCAGACAGAAGAAGGAGUUGAGAUUCGGUCCCCAGCAUCAAACACAAACUCCACACUACAUAUCUCUGACGCGGUCUUCCUGAAGCUAGAGGAUCUCGGCAAGAACGACAAGGCUCCUACUGCAUCUACUGGUAUGAGAUGUGUUGCUAUUAUGGGGCUUGGCACACCACAGAUCAAAGAGUCUGCCGGCGUAUUUGGUGGAAUCGUGGAUCUCUGGUUUGCAGGAGGAAGCAAAGUCGAGGUUCCAAGUUUGAAGAUCCAUUUGUCGGCACACUAA